ACCAUCCACUUGGUGCGGGACGAGCCACAGUACGACAAGAUCCCCUACAGUACCCCGAAAUCGGUGGCGGUGGUGGGAGAGGACGGUGAGAAGGCCCAGUGCCGCGUGCUAGACUGUGACACCAUCAACCAGGUGAAGGCCAAGAUCCUGGACGCCCUCUACCGCAACACCCCACAGUCCCUCCGACCCUCUGUCCACGAGGUCGAUUUAGAGUGGCGUCACGGUCGCAACGGACACCUGAUCCUGGCCGAUGAAGACAUGACGACGAAACCAGAGGCCAGCGGAUGGAGGCGACUCAACACCCUCGCCCACUACGGUGUCAAGGACUCUGCUAUCAUGGCCCUGGUCCACCGCCCCCACGACCACCACACCCUCAACAACGCCAACUGCACCACCAAGUGUAAUAGCUGUGCCGGAUAUGGGAUAACCGGUUCUGGUAGUCCGGUGAGCCAUUGUGGAGACACAGAGUCCGGCACACUGGAGCCCAACGUUUACCACCUGGUGAAGCCUGUGGACCACGACUCACCCCACAGAGGUGGAGAGCGAACCCACAAGGCCAUCCCGGAGAUUUUCCUCACCAGGCUCCUCUCCACGAAGGGCACCGUCCAGAAGUUCGUAGAUGACUUCUUUAAAACGAUCCUCGCCCCUAAUGAGACACUUCCUCCGGCCAUCAAGUGGUUAUUUGAUCUAUUCGACGAAGCCUCUCGACGACACUGCAUCGUCGAUCCGGAGGUGGUCUUGGCUUGGAAAUCCAACAGCCUGCCACUCCGCUUCUGGGUCAACUUCAUCAAGAACCCGGACUUCAUUCUUGAUGUGUACAAGAGCCCCACAGUCGACUCCUGCCUGUCGGUGAUCGCCCAGACGUUCAUGGACGCCUGCUCCACCACGGAACACCGCCUUGGCAAAGACUCGCCCUCCAACAAACUACUCUUUGCCAAGGACAUCUCACAGUACAAGGCGAUGGUGCGGACGUUCUACCAGGGUGUGCGAACACUCCCACCUGUAACAGACCAGGACAUGGCUGCCUAUCUGCACCAUCUGAGCCUCACCCAUCUGGGCCAGCUGGACGCCAAGCACGCCCUCCAGGAACUGUUCCACACUUACGUUACCAGAUAUUAUGAUUCGAUUAUUGAGACUCUUGAGGUAGAUCCAGACUGCAGAAGUCUACACUUAGCACAUAAAUUGGACAAUGUGAUGUGCACUAUAAACGGAGAACCCACAUCCAUGUGCUGAGAGCCUCUGAACCGUGAGGUGUGAAGACUCAUCACCCAGGCUCUCACCACACAUGUGCCAGUUUCCGGUGGUUGCCUUCUGUAUGACUUUAAAUCUCAUUGCUGUUACUUACUUGCCUAGUUCCUAGCCAAAGAGUAGGUGUAUGAUGAAAUAGAAAGUUAUUGUGUUGGAUUCCUUGUUAUAAAGAAGAAAAAACUUGUCAUAACACUGCAUGAUUCCUUCCAGUUAUGGUUUGUAUCCAACGACGCUGGUUCGUUAUAUAGAAUUGUGUACGUGUUUCAUCUGCUGUACUUAAUCAAAUGUCUGUGAUUUUAAAGCGUAGAGCAUUCCAGUAAGUGUGCGAGCGCGCGCACGGGCUGAUACUGGAGACGAGUGUUUACUGUCUUGUGCCUAACUCGUGGUAAGUGUGACGGACAGUGUUACAGAAUCACAAAUAAUGGUGUCACUUAGUGAACACGUUGAUGAGCACAGAACCUCUGCACAACUGGUGAAGAUUAUAAGUGUCAGAGGAAACAAAGAAAAUGAGAUUGAAAAGAAAUAUACUGAAAGUUAUAUGAAGAGUUAACUGUAGUGCAGUAUCACAUGUGAAAUGCUUCACAAUACCUUCUGAAUCUCAAAUCCAAAGUGGCCUGCAGUGCUGUGUCUCGUGCGUUUUUUGUUGUGUUGACGCGCGUGCAUGUUUUGUACUGUUCUUCACUCUGGCAGUCGCCCGGUCCUGCUGGUUAUAUGGCUGACAGCUUUGCAGGCAUCCCAGGCUGACAGACUGCCUAUCCCAGAUGUCUCCUGACAUGUUGCCUGACGGACUGACGAUCUGCCAGACCGAGCAUCAGCACACCUGCCCUGCCGUCUGAGUGGUGCCAGCCUGCCAUGUAGUAUGUCAACAUGUAAUGGAUGAGCACAGUUUAUUUUCAAUAAGGAGGAAGAAGGGGCAGAGUAAGCAUCUGCGGGGGAGGAGAUGAUGGACUGUGGAGUGGCGGCGGUGACGCGACGAGCUCAGUGGUCCUCGCUGAUGUGUCGGUGAGCAUAGUUGUCCUCGUUAGUGUGUCCACGAGCGAUAAUAUCCUCACUGGUGGGUCGACGAGCGCAACUAUCCUCGCUGUUGUGUCAACGAGCCAGCUGCUGGAGCUCCAACCUCGGGGAAACAAAAUACAUUCCAAGAGUAGUACAGUACAGUACUCUGCUCGGCUGAGAACAGUACUCACCACACUCAUCUCAGUGUCAGAGAGACAAGUGUCCCAUGGUAUAUCAGUGUUACAUGUGUAUCUGAUUAUAUAUAUAUAUAUACAGUAUAUAUAUACACAGCUGUGAAAGGAAAAUCAAAUAAGGAAUAGUUACCGUGCUGUGAGAACUGUGUGAAGACUGGGACCGUUCCCCCAUAAUGGCCGAACUGCUGCUGCUGCUGCUGUUACUGCUGCAAGAGGUGCAUAACUCCUUAACCAAAAGAUGCUACAGAAUGUUCGUCCUAUCUCUCCUAUGCUCCUUCAAAGCUAGUCAUCUUUGUCCACGUCCCAAGCUUAGGUAGUCCACCAGUUUCACGGAAUACAAAAUUUUAGGGAUACAUGUAAAGGCUUCAGUUUAUUACAAAAAACUCGAGAAACGGUGCGUUAUUUAGGGUUGUAGUUUGAGUAAUGCAUCAGUCCGUGAAGCUGCUGAACUGCUGUAUGCUACACGUUAAAAACACUUUUUCACAUGUUAGCCAUAUUCAUUAUUUUUUACAGUAGCCAGAGACAUGACUGAUUCCAGACAGCCGCAACGCCGACGCUCGGAGAAAGGUUGUCAUGUAUCAUGGACUUACUGGGAAGGUGUCUGGAGAAUGUCAUACCUCCAUCAUUCACGUCCUGAGCUGGACUUAAAGACCAGCGAGUCGAAUUUUCUGCCGUUCAUUUAUACCGUGUAGACUUAAAGAAAGAGGUGUUUGUUUCUAUUUUCUGACCAUGUGCUUUUAACCUGAAUUAUUUAUUCUAUAUUUUAAAAGAAAGAAAAAUUUUAAUACGAAAUUUCCCCUAUUUUAAAGACAAUUUCUCUGAGCAAAGGCUUGCGAUAAAUUGAUUUCAGUUUGUAUAUUUUCGUGGGCUAUCAUCAUAAAGAUUAGAGCCACGGGUUCUUGCUGUCCACAAUGACGACACAGGAUUUAACUAUUGGCGUCCCUGUAUGUGUACUAUAUUGGUCCAUGAACGCUAGAACAAGUCUUAUGAGUCGCAUAAUAUUAUAUACUUUUAUCAUAUUUUAUUGUAAGGGGGAAAAAAACUAUGCCUUUAUUUCUCUUACGUACAGUUCUUAGCUAAACCCAAAUUAUGAAGACUACAGUUCUGUUCUUGGUAUUUGUAACGACACAAAAUUUCAGCCCCGUGUCCGUCACUUGAUAACAUUAUUUGGAUAAUCAAAUACCAGUUGUACAUGGUGGUGUAUUUUUAUAUAAAUAGUGCAGGUUUGUACAUACUGCUAAAUUUUAAGCUAAUAUUAUGCAAAUAAAUAUGUAAAAAAUGUAAA